CCCACACAGGGGAGCAGAGAGCGACAGGGUGUAGACGAAUCAGAUCACCACAGAGCAGCAACCCCACCCCUCCCUCCCAAGACAGCCUCUGGAUCCAGACGUGAUCACAGGAGGCUACAUCCUCAGCACCUUUGCAGAAAGCAAAAAAAACUGAAAAUGGCUCGUGCUGGAAGACCAUCUCUUUCCCUGAUCCACACUGGAUUCCUGUUAGUAGCUGUUUUAUUACCAGACCUUCUGGGGGCGGUUCCACUGGGGCAGCAGAAACAGGAGGAAGUGGCUGCGGUGUCUGAUGAUGUGAAAGCCGAGGCCAUGGCCAACUUGAAAAAGCUGGUUCGCAACAGAAGAAAUGUCCCCGUCUUGGCUGUGCCCCAGUUCAAACGCGUGCCUGACUUCUGGGGAUGGUACAAGUACUUUAUGGACAGCCACAACCAGGAGGGAGUUGAGGACCUGGAUCGCCUGUACCUCGCUUACUUACAGAACAAGCACAGAUCUGAAGAAGGACCCACUUUCAACCACUACCUUACACACCUCAGUGAAAUCUAUAAAUCCUGUGCUGAUUCCGAUGAUCCAGAAUGCAUUGCCGAGUCCACCAGCAAGCCCAAGGCUGCUGUGGUGAUGCCCGCCCCCUUCAGGUCGGCCGCCAUCGGGAUGUGCAACCCCUACAUUGACCCUUACUGCCUCUACCCCAUCCUUCCCAAAGCUGCUGCCCCGGAGCCCGCUCCAGCUCCAGCUAAGGUGCCGGCUCCCAUCUUCACGCCUUUGCUGCCUAUGCCCCUGAAAAGCUCCACUGGUUAUUAUUACUAUGCCCCGGUCCUUGAGCCCUUCCUGACCGCGGAGCAGAGGGCUGAGCUGUUGAGGAUCUGCCUCCCUGAAGACGUGGAGUGCUUGCAGUACCACCUGCGAGCGGCAUACGGCUACCGUCCGGCCUUGGGCCCAGCUCCAUCUUACGCUGCCCUGAAAUGUGACCCCAAGGACCCCUACUGCCAGCCACCUCUGGUCCAUAAAGCCCCCACCGGCUUCUACCACCUGAUGUAUCCCAGCUGCGACCCAGCCGUGGAUCCUCUGUGUGUGACCGGCGUGGCCGCCCCUGCUCACCUGGCCGCCGGAGGGGUGCCCAAAGAGCAACAGUGCAACCCCCUCUUUGACGGCAACUGCAACCCCCUGACGGCCACCAAGCUGUCCGGCCUCACCAAGCCCGUCCUGGAGUACGCUCCCAAGGAGCAGGCCGCCCACGCCGCUGCCCCUCUGGCCUGCGACCCGAGACAAAACCCCUACUGCAUACUGGCGGCGGCCGCUGCCCUGCGCCACCCCCCUCCACAGCUCCCCGAGCACCAGGUCCGCUAUCAUCUCGGAGUCCGCGGCAAGACCAAGGAGGGCUACGACUGCUAUGUGCACUAUGACAAAGACUGCACUCCAGUCAAGUCUGGCCCAGAAGCACCAGCCGCGCCCUUUUGCCAUCCGUACGAUCCAACCUGUGGCAAGUUUGCUUCACCCUCCAGCGUUGAAGCCCCAAAGUCGACCAAGGACGGCAUAAUCCUUCCUGAUCCCGACUGCGACCCCGAAUACGACUACAACUGCCGCCUGCGUCUUGCCAAACCCGCUGCCUCUGCCGACGAGCCAAUGGCUGAUGAGGAAAAGGCUGCGGAUGAACCUGCCAGGGAGGCUGCGGCUCCACACUCAGCCGCCCCGCGCUUUGAAGAUUUUCUCCGAAGCGUCAUGAGCCAACACAAAUAG